CGCCAGCCUCCCUGAGCAGCCCAACUACCGAUUCGAGGAUGUCUUUCAUGUCCUCGAGAAGAAGAUCAGGAGGGGGCGCAGGACGACGACCAGCACAAGGAGCGACUUGAUUAAUCGAGUGUACGCUACAGACAAGGCCAGAGAGUAUGCCACCACCAUGGCCGAAGAGCUGCAGGCCAAGCUAGGGUCACGCUACCCCAGUUUUGUCAAGCCCAUGACGCAGUCACAUGUCACCGGAGGGUUCUGGCUGGGCCUCCCGUUGCCCUUCUGCCGGAAGCAUCUCCCGAAGCGUGACGAGAAGCUCACUUUGAAGGAUGAGCAGGGCGUCGAGUCCGAAUCGCUCUACCUUGCGCUUAAGAACGGCCUCAGUGCUGGAUGGAGAGGGUUCGCCAUCCAGCACAACCUGGUUGAUGGGGAUUGUCUGGUGUUCGAGCUGAUCAACCGGACGAUGUUCAAGGUCUACGUUAUCAGACAAAGUUCCUACUAUGAACGAUGACUUAUGAGGGUGCGAGAUACUGAAAUUCAAAAAUGCACUUAGAGCAGGUCUUUUGGUCAAUUAGGUCUACCUGACGGAGUUGGACACCGAGUUUGCAAAUGGAGAUCGUGAACCGUCUUCAGCCUUUCGGGUGACAGACAAUGUUCAAAAUAUGAACUUCAUGGAUUCUCCCAGUAGUUAUGUUUGGACUUAUCUAUGGGAACUGACGACGCUUGUAAAUUUUGCCUGUGAUGCCCCACCCUUAUUCCCAUCCAACUUAUGAUGUCCAAUUUAAUCUACUAUGCAAGCAUGUGUAAUUUGAUGGAUUUCUUCCGUUUCUAUGAUCAUAUAUGCAUGUUUAGCUCGUGGCUGUGUUUGACAUUAA